AUGAUAUCGAACAAAACAAUUCAAUCCGUUGAUGAAGUGGUCGUAGAGAAUGAAUCUCCCUUAUCAUGCUCACAAUUAGAAAAUUGUGGUUUUGUUGUUGUAAUGUAUCUCAUGAGAACCAAAGAUAUGAACAUUAUUGUAGCGAAUGGAGAGGGACCCUUUCCUUCUCUUCCACCACCUUCCGAAACAACUUCUCUCUCCUACGGCCAAGUGGAUAAAGAACAGCAGAAAGGCUUGUGGUAUUUUCUAUUUGGUAAUAGUAGGGAUAAUAGUAAAAAGCCGGAGAAGAAACAUGCUCUGUUUGUGAGGGAUUUACGACUUGAUGAAUGUCAUGGAGUGGAAAGUCGAAGAGUUGAGAUGAGGAGAUUAUAUUCAAAGUUUGAAAUUGUUCUUCAAAUUGUUAGGGGGGUGGAGUAUGUUUUGCUACCACGAAAUUGGUAUGACAUAUCAUGUUGGAGAGAAAGACUUGGUAAUGACAUUUUUGGUCUCUCUUUGAGGAAUAGAAAGUUUCCAGUAUUCGAAACAUCAAUCAGAUAUGGAAAUGCUUACUUGACGGAUUAUGGAACCAAGUUUGGUAUUCCAGAAAUUGAGCAGAAUGUGAUUUUUAAUUAUUCAAAAUGCACCAACGAACAAAGAGUGAAAAUGGUUGAAAAAGUAUACGAAAUAGACUUUAAAAAUGUUGAAAUUCAUCCUCUUUAUUUCAUUUUUGCAUUUACAGAGUUUGGAAAGAGUUUGAGAUAUUUCAAAUUGUUAAAAAAAUUUGGGAAAUCACCUUCUCCAUAUUUGGAAACCAUCUUGUCAAGCAACUCCUUAAAAUUCAUAAGCAAAUAUGAUUUAGACAUUAUUAGACACUUUAAGUUUUGGCUUCACGUCCCAAUCAAUGUUUGGUAUUUUGAAACUACUGAUUUCUCAGACAGUAUUAAGGUUGGAGAAUAUGAUUCAACACCAAUUCGUAGAAUCGAUUGGUUGAAGGAAAGAUUGCUAAGUGAUGAUUUACAGACUCCUUUCGAGAUUGAACAUUCUGAUGGUAUUGACAUUUCAUUUGGUAAAGCAGGAGAUGAAAUAGUGCAACGAAUGAAUUUGGCUGUAAUAGAAAAGUGUUAUUACAAGCAGGAAUAUUUAUCUUGCAGAUUAGUUGAACUGGAUGAUGGAAAUUCACAUGCAAAUCAAGAUGUUUAUCCAAUAUUUUGGAGAGAGGACACUUUUGUAAUUCACUCUGAAAACUUGCAAUUGUUGUGUGAGAAUCUACUCAACAUUGUUUCAAUGAUUGUUAAAAAUUGGGAUUUAACUGUUGAAGAAGAUGUUCCUUUUUUGGAUUAUGAUUUGGUGGAUAUGAGAUAUUUAUAUAGAAUUGAAUUAAGUUUAAAACAGUCAAAGAUUAUUAGCUCCAAAUUAUCUCAACAUCUAGACAGUUUCAAUUUAACUCCUAAACAAUUAGAAAGUGCAAAUUGUGUUGUAAAGACAAUUACAAGUCAAAUUAGAAAUGUCGAAAUGAUGGCAAUGUCACUAUUACAAUUAAGCAACCAAUACGAAAAAGACUUGUUUGUGAAAAUUCCUCACAGAUUUCAAGCCAUCAUUAUGUUAAGUGAAUGGAUUGAUCACUGUUUGGAUUUCACGCAUUCAAUUCAAGGAUAUUUCUUACAAUAUUUCAAUUUUCCAAAUCAAAUUGACAAAUAUUUCAGCGAUAUUGUUAUUGAAAAGUUGAUCAUGAAACAAAUCAAAACUCAGGACAUUUAUGAAAUGGCAAAAUACCUGUCCAUCAUGUCAACUGCCAUACAACAUGAUCUAUUUUUGUAUCAUGCUGGAUGGAUUAUUGAUGCUUUUUCUGCUUGGAUUGAGAAAUAA